AUGUCUGAUAUCAACAGUGAAGAGAAUUCAACUAGUAGUCGUGAAAUUAAUAUUGAAUAGAUUACAGUAUAAAUUAGAAUAAUUAUUUUUUAUAUAGGCUAAACUAUAUGUUGAAUUGAUAGAUGUAAGAGAUCCAAGUUAGAAUUAUAUUGAAUAUUUCUCAUAAUUUGAUUUGAGUAAAAUGUAAUAAGCGAAUGGAAUAAAUAUAUUCAAAUUGNAGAUUAGAGUUAAUUUUUUUAGACAUUUUACAUAUAAUCUCAUAAUGAAAAUUUUGGUUUAUUAAAGACUUUGAAUAAUAUUUAUAAAUCAAUACCAAAUAGUAUUUUGGUGAUUUUUUAACAAAGGGAUAAAAUAAAUGAAUUUAAAAAUUAUUGUGAAAAAGAAUAAUCUAAUAUUUUUUUAGAAAUGGAGAAAAAAAAAAAGCUGUUUUGGGCACAGAAAGGCUAAAAAUAUAAACCAUAUGAUUUUAUAACAAGUUCAAAAGAUGGAGCAAUUUUAUUUGAAACUUAUAGUGGGAUUUUUAAAAAAGAAUUUAAUUUUCCAAAUUCAUUUUAAUUUUGUAAAGCUAUAAUCUUGACUUGUAUGUGUGAACCAAAUUAUUUCAAAGUAGAGGAAGUUUAAUAUGCAAAUGAUGAAAUAUCCUUGUAAUAUUUUUAAAACAGAUCUUUCAAUCGUAUAAUCUAAAGAACUUUACUUUAAGAGAAUAAAAAUGGGUAGUUUAUAGUUUUUAAAAUAGGGUUUUAAUCAUUUAUGAUUAGAAGGAGAAAAUGUACAAAUGGAUAGAAAAUUGUGGUAUAUAGUAACUCAAUUAAUUGGAUUUUGAUAAUCCAUUUUUUAUUAAAAUGAUUGAAAGAUAGUGUAAAGAUUCAAUUGAAGUAGAAAAAGAGUCUAAUUAAAAUAAUGUAUAAGUAAUUUAACAAUAAAUACAAAGUGGCAUAUAAAAUAAUCAAUAAAGCAUUGCUAUGAAUUUAUCAUUAGUACCAAAUUUAUAAUAAAUUGAAAAUUAAUAACAAUAGUAAAAUAUAAAUGUCAGCACAAUAGAAAAUAUUUAGAUUGAAUAGAUAGAAAGUGAAAGUGAAGAUUCUUUUGAUUAAUUUGAAUAUACUUUUUAGGAUUGA